UAUUCCCACGCAGUUAAUACUAACAGAACUAGAAGUAAGACAAAUCAUGCCGAGUAGCAAAAACACGUUGGAAGCCAUACGGUAUGAUCGAAGCAAUGGUGUUUUGGAGGUUUUGGACCAAUUGCUGCUUCCUCUGGAUCACGUAUAUAUAUCAGUACACAAUGUUGACCAGGCCUGGACCGUUAUUCGGAAUAUGAACGUUCGAGGUGCUCCAGCUAUUGCAAUUGUAGCUUGCUUGGGGUUGGCUAUUGAAAUAAAAGGUCUUUUAUUUCAAGACAAAGCUGCAAACCUGGACAUGCAAGCGACUGUCGACGAUAUCAAGAACAAGUUAUCAUUCUUGGAAACUUCGAGACCAACUGCUGUGAACUUAAAAAAGUCAUGUGAUGCCAUAAGAGGUCUCCUCACGAACUCCAGUGGCAAAUUGUUGGGUGAAAUUCUUUUGUCAAUUGAAGAAUAUGCAUUUCAAUUGUUCCAGGACGAUUUUAAUGUAAAUAAAGCCAUCGGAAAAUGCGGAGCAAAUGCCAUUUUGGACGUGCCCCAGGAAGGGAGCGAAGCCAAAUCAAGUGUCUGUGUUCUCACACAUUGCAACACAGGAUCUCUAGCCACUGCUGGAUUUGGAACUGCAUUGGGUGUGAUACGAACCCUCCAUGAAUUAGGCAAAUUGGAAAGGGCCUACUGUACUGAAACACGGCCCUAUAAUCAAGGAGCUCGAUUAACAGCCUACGAAUUGUUGUUCGAAAAGAUACCAUCAACUUUAAUUUGCGAUAACAUGGUCGGAGCUUUAAUGCAAACGAAGCCUCUUUCUGCUGUGAUUGUUGGUGCAGACCGAGUAGUGGCAAAUGGAGACACUGCAAAUAAGAUUGGAACAUAUCAACUCGCCAUUUUGGCCAAGCAUCAUGGAGUUCCCUUCUUUGUUGCCUCGCCAAUAUCCACAAUUGACUUAUCAUUGAGGAAUGGAAAGCAAAUUCCCAUCGAGGAACGCAAUCCUGUGGAAAUGAAGAUUUGCGGAUGUCCAAUGAGAGCAUGUGUUCCUCCCGCAGGUAAGGAGAUAUUUUUCAUUGUUUGAGGCGCGGUUAUAGUGUUUCAGCGCCGUAAGGAUGCGUCUUAAACUUCAACAUAUUUUGAUCUGGCAAUGCAGUGACUUCGAAAUAGUCAUAUGUUAAGAUGAUAACAUGUUGGCAAAAAAAUGAAAUCAAGCCCUAACUCUAUUUUAAAUAAUUCAAAUUUUAACUUCCAAGCAGAAGAACCAAACAAUUAUAAUUGAACAUGUAAAAUUGAUAAUGUGAAAGCUGCUCAUCUAUUUAAGCAAUUGAUGGGAAGGAGAUAAUUGCCCAGGGUGUGCUCAAAGUAAGGCUGCUACGGGCUGAAAGAUAACGAAAUGCAUUGCUGAAAGAAGGUGCCACAAGAGUUUGUUUUUUCUUGAACUGUUUCUUCCAGUCUCUCAAAAUUUAUUGAAGUUCUAAAGAAGCAAUCAGGAAAAGAAUCAAU